CCAAAAGGCGACGUUUGACGAAGUUGGUGAGCUUCGACCAAGUUGAUGCGUCAGUGACAUGUGGGGUAUGUCGAAAACGAAGGGCGGCAACGAGUUCUUUAAAGAUCGAUAUACUGAAGAGAAUCGAAUUUGCAACUUGUGACUACCUUCGGAUAUAUAGUCCAGUCACACUAGACUGCCACCACUGUGUACGUACGUAGGCAUUAUCGCGCAUUGCGUAGCGUGCGCCAGGCAGCAUUCAGCAGCAGCCAUGACACCGUUUGCUCCUCCUUACAACACCAACGUCCUCCUGGCCGCGGUCACCGCGCUCUCGGCGGCGAUCGCCUUCGUCGCCGCGCUCCACCUCUACGCCCGCUGCUUCCUCCAGCAACGUGCCGCCGCCACCUCCACGACCAACCCACACGCGCUGGCGCUGCAGCGGCCGCCGGACGGCUACGGCUACGAGCUCCACGCGAUCAGCGUCGUCGUCGACGCCGCGGUGUGCGCUCCGGACGAGGCGGCGGGGCUGGGCGCCAAGGAGCUGGGCGCUCUUCAGGUGCUCGUGUGGGAGUCGUCGUCCGCCAAGGAGAAGGAGGCCACCUUCGACGAGCAUUGCGCGGUGUGCCUCGGCGAGAUGGAGGACGGCGAGCUGGGGAGGCUGCUCCCGGCGUGCCGCCACGUCUUCCACGUCGGCUGCAUCGACGCCUGGCUCCGCCUCAGCUCCACGUGCCCGGUCUGCAGGUCGGCGGUGAGGACGGAGCUGGGUGCGGCGGCUCCGGCGGCCGCCGUGGAGCCAUUGAGCUACUGUUGAGCUGCCCAGUGCCGGAAUGCCAAUGUAUGUAUAUCAGGGCCGGUAAAUAUAUAUGUUUGGACUUUGGACUGGACCCUCUCUCGCUUAGGUAAAAAGAAAGUAUGUGUAGUUCCUAUGAUUUUGGUUCUAGUUUAGGUUACUUAAUUCCAUCCAGGCUCCGAAAUUUCCAGACUAGAUAUACAUACAGGAAUAAGUUUAAGUAAAAAAAAAACUACCAUGAAAAGUUAAAAACAU